AUGUCUGAUCACGAAAUGGAGAAUGCAGGCGCUGGUGACGCGACAGCUGAGCCGGUCGCGACGACGCCAAAAGAAAAUGGAAUUGCUGGUGCAGGUGCAGGUGCAGCCCAUAGCCACAGUGAACCACGUGAAAAAGUGGACGACUCUGAUCACAUGAUGGUCGAUAGCGAUGCCCCUGCAAUCGCAGUCAUUGCACCCCAAGUCAAUGGAACAAAAACCCAAGAUGAACCAAAAGAAGAAGCCAACGGAAUUCGUGAAACAGAAACCUCAACGCUAGAAAAUGAUGGCAAGACGACAGAAGGCCCCGCUUCGGCCAAACCAGAAGUCAGCAACAAGCAGAUCAAUGGUGAAGCCUCUGCAUCUGGACCAACCAAUUCUCAUGAGCCUCGCGCAAUUCGUGAUCUCAGCAGCGUAUCCACGAUGAGCGUAUUGGCUUCUGCUAAGAAAGGACCGCCGUCGGUCAAGGUUGAAAAGGAAAUGGCUCGACUACAGGAAGCUGUGGACGAGGCAUCCCCAGAAGCAGCCAGACACAUUCUACAUAAAAACUGGCGAAAGUUUUUAUUCGAGGACGUUGACGAUAUGCAUGUGAUUUUCGUACUGCGAGCUCUGUUGAAGAACUGCAAUUUUUCGGUGAUGGAGCGGGUCUCAAAGGACGGUAAUCUGUUCAAAGGCAAUAUCCUGAAAGCCGCCGUGAAGAGUGACGUUGUCGCUAGCCAAAUUCUUGGUAGUAAGGAACUUGUUGACCAACUAUGUGCUGAUAGAAUCAGAGAGGUUGAUGCCAAGGUGCUCCUCAAUUGGCUCGCAAAAGGAAGACGAUUGGGGUACUCUGAGAAUGAUAUUAUGGAAAUCAAUGGUUGGGUGCACCCAGACACUCACAAUAAUGCCAACGAUGUGGUUAUGAUGGAUUCUCAUCCUACCCCAAAUGGCUUCCCUCGACCACCUCCGCCAGCACCUCCAGCUUUCAGAGCACCACCACCUCCCAAUAAUCAACCACCACCUCCUCAUAAUCCACUGCCAUCUCCUGGCCACGCUCCUCAGCAGCCACUUCCACAACAAUCCGUUCCACAACAACCACCUCCUCAACACCCACCUCCUCCUGCUCUUCAGCCAGUUCUCCCUGCUCCAGGAGGACGCAUGGUUUGCAAUUACUGCAGCAGAACUUUUGAUCAUGUCUCGGGAUUCAACUAUCACCAUCUGAAGAAAGUGUGCACCAAGGAACCUCCUGCGACUGGCUGGAAGUGGACUUGCGAGUUUUGCUUCCAAGGAUUUACAACUAAGCAGGGGCGAGAGUACCAUAAUCUGAAGGGUGUCUGUGAAACAUGCGAUAUUCCUCCCACCACGCCACUGCUCGCUUCUUCUACUCCCCAAACCAACUUCCAAGCCGGUACGGUUCCUUCAUCGGUGCCGACGCCCCCGGCAGUACCUAGUUAUGCAGCUCCAUUUCCAGGACCCCCACCAGCACCUGUUCCUACAAUCACAAGACCACCGUUGCACACCCCAGUAAGCAGCCAACCUGUAGUCAAUAGCUCAGUAGUAGCUUCACAGCCGAUCAAUGUGAGACCUGGAACGAUUCAAAGACCUCCACUACGUACACCAAGCACUGCAACCCCCCCAGUUGCCGCUCCGGUACAUUCAAACACAGCAAUCAUUGGAUCCAAUACCCCAUCAACGAAUGGUUCCUUCAAUGCUGAAAACUCAAUCAACGGUUCCACGAGUGGACCAAAUCCUGCGGCACACCAGCCUUUCAAUACUCCUGGUUCUGGCGUUCCUCAUCCUAGCACCCCGCGCAGCAGAACACCGGGUACUAGAACACAGGCUCCUCGAACAGAUAUCCGGCAAUCUCCAUCUGAGCUUCCUCCUGAGAAGCUCGCCCAGCUUGACAGUGAGCUUGCUGCCGAGGAUUCAAAAUAUGAAGUAGCAAGACAGCAAGCUGAAAGUUUGGAUGAGCCAGAGAGGUCCUCAAGGCUAGUUUCCUUGAAGAAUGGGCUUGCUUCGAAGAAGAGUACUAUCCGCAGAAGAUAUGGAGUUAGUCUUCGUUUGAGGGAGAGAGACAAGUUAGCCCAAAAGGCUUCAAUGAAUAACAGGCUUCGAUCAGAGGAUUCAACCCCACAGAACUCAGUUGCGCCAGCAUCCGGAUUCUCGCCUAUCAACACGAUUGUGAGCGCCCCAACCGGGUUCUCGCCUAUUAAUGCCACUCGUGCUGCUCCAAGUCCUUUAUCGGAUUAUGGCUCUCCCUACCUUGCAACAGCAAACAGCAAUCAACCUCGCCCCAGUAUUCCUGCUCCACACGGCUUCAGCUCUUCACACCCAGCUUCAGGUCAUCCCACCUCUCGUUUAUCGACCUCGACUUCUCGCCGCUCGUCAGAACAAGAUACGCCCGAGGGAUUUGGGGUGUUGGUCCGUCGCGAUUCUAGAAAUACUCGGUAUAACCCACAGAACCAGAUGACCCCAACAACAUUUGCGGCAGCUCAAAAACGCCGUCGUGGUAGUCUGACUGAAGACGAAGGCGCCGCACGUCCUUCUCCAGGUCCUCCACAGAAUGGAUUCGCAAAACAAGGCGGUUCUUCUAACGGCAAUUCCUAUCGAACUCCUUAUGCUCCAUCUGCUUCUAAUCUGUCCUCCGACUCGCGUCCUGGUAGUGCAAGUUCUCAUCCCGCUGGAAGUGCUCAAGCAGCUAUUCAAGCGGCAAAGAACGGCAAACAGGUCGGCGCUACCUCCCGGAAUUCUACCCCUAGCAGCAGCACAUCCGAUACUGCAAUGGGCGGAGUAUCGGUUUCUGCUGCUCCAGGCGUCGACGAUGUUGUUCCAACGACCGAGAAAGCACCACUAGCAAAAGCCCCCCCACAAAUCGUCGAGUUAUCUUCUGAUGAUGAUAGCGAUGAUGAAGAUAUUCCUGCGUAG